AUGACCUCGUCCUGGGACCGAUGGCGACCUCCCUGCCGUGUGUGGGCUGCGGCAAAUCAUUUUUCUUGUAAGAUUCUGCGUGCGUCCGGACGGCAGUACGAACAACGUCACGACAUAACUUUUUUAGAAAUAAGUUUGUUUUGCAAAUUUCCCUUCUGUUGCUCUCCCCUAGCGGAUUUUUGGUUUUUCUCUAUCAUAUCCUGCCAGACUCUACGGCCACGACAUGACGAUGGAUUCAUUGCUCGUUCGACAACUAUUUUUCUCGGCUGCAGCACCCUUGCGAAAGAAAAGCAGCACCACUCUGAUCUCCCGAAAAAACCGAGCAUAUUAAGAUCCGCGUGUUAUGAAGCAGCAAAGUGUGACACUGAUGAAGAUGUUGAUGUUCGAUUUGCGGGGAUCAAGUUAAUCGUAUGUAAGUACGCGUGA